UUGCUGAUAAAGUAAGGUCUAACGUUCGCUGCGGUAAUAUCAGUUUGAAGACAUUUCCACUGCAAACAUGAGCACCGGAGCAGGGACUCCUUACAUCGGCAGUAAAAUAAGUUUAAUAUCCAAGGCACAGAUUCGUUAUGAGGGAAUUCUGUCCUCUGUGGACACAGAGAGGUCUACGGUUGCUUUGGCCAAAGUCAAAUCAUACGGUACAGAGGACCGACAUUCCAACAGACCAGUGCCGCCAAAAGAUGAAAUUUAUGAAUACAUAAUUUUCCGAGGAAGUGACAUCAAGGACAUCACCGUGUCCGAACCACCGAAACCACACCACGGACUGCCUCGAGACCCUGCUAUUGUGCAGUCAUCUGUUGGCGGCAGCUCAUCAAUGUAUCACCCUCGAUGGAGUCCAUACAGGGACAUGAUGCCCACUUACAACCAACUGGCUGCUAGUUCUCUCCUCAACCAGCAGUACAAUGCAGCACUCGGCCUCGUACCAGGACUUCAUGGCAUCCCAGCCAGAAGGGCCCCUAUGGUCGAGCAGGCCGUUCAGACCAUGCCGUUGGCUGGUGCAGUCCAGAAAAGGGGAAAGGCUUCCACCCCGUCUCAGAGCAGACCGCCUGUUCGCCAAACCCAGCAGACAGGCCGGGAUGGUUCCCGGCUUCAGAAGGAGAAUGUUCCCACCAGUGUGGCGCCGCCUCAGCCUGCUGCAGCCAAGAUUCAAAGUCAAGGCACUGAAAACCAGAGGCAAAGGCAAAAACAAGGCAGUCGCAGGCCCAGGAACCGACGCAGAGGACAACUUAUAGUGAAAAACUCAAAGACGACCACACUGCAGUUUGACUCUGAUUUCGACUUUGAAACGGCAAAUGCUCAGUUUAAGGAUGAUCUCACAAAGGAGGUUGAAGUUGAAAAGGUGGAUUCAGCUGAGGUCACAGAGAGUCCGGUCAUGGAGGACGAGGAGGAACCUCAAAGUGACAAAUACUACGACAAAGCCAAAUGCUUCUUUGACAACGUCUCAUCAGACCUUAAACCCAGGAGAACCACAUGGGCGGAGGAGAAGAAGUUGAACAUGGAAACAUUUGGCAUGCCCGGCCGCUUCUUGAGGGGCAGAGGAUUCAGAGGCCGAGGACAAAGAAAGGAGGGCACCACUGAGCAGCGACCCCUCUCUAAAGUUGGCAGUGGGAGGGUGUAAAGACUUUUCUUUACUCAUUUUUUUUUUUUGAGAUUUUUUGUAAAUAAUUGUAGUUUUCUACUAAUUUAAAAAAAAUAUAUAUUCUCCCCAUUUUCCCCUAUUUGAGACAGUUGAAGCAAUUUAUUUAUUUUCCUCAUUGUCCCAAACCUAUUUUGGGCCCUUGUAUGGGAGAGCUAUUUAUUUUUAGUCCAGCUGUGCACUAACAUAUUAAUUGGUAGCUGGUUUUUGAAGCAUGUUAAUGUGAAAUGUCAUUUGAACAGACCAGCAGGCAUGCAUAUUUUUUUUUCCUGUCUGAAUGUAUCGUCUACUUGACUUUGCAAAUGUGAGUUUGGUGUAGGACUGUCUUGACAGAAUAGACAGACAGCUGUGCUUUAUUUUUUUGUCCCCCUAUUUGUAAAGUGAAAACUGUGGAGAAGCUUAACAGUUGCUAUUAAAUAACAUGAUUAACAGA